GGGGGUGGAUUCACGUGCCGGGGCCCCGCUCGCGCAGUGACGUGGAGGUUCCCCGCUGCGUCCGUCGGUGACAUCGCCGGCCUCGGCGUCUCCCGCGGCCUCCGCCUCCUCACCGCCCUCCGCCUCUCGAGCCGAGCGGGACGCGAGACAAGGCCGCGCCGCCCGUCUCAUCCUGCCCGGUGGCUCGCACACGCGCGGCGGCGAUCGCUCUCGGCGCGAGGCCCGCGGCCUAAACCCCGCCCUCGGAUAGAAGCUCUGCCCAGGCAGAGCGAGCUUCGUCGGGGGCCGAGCAAGGCCGCACACCCCCCCCCCCCCGGCUCCUCUCGGCCUUUCCCGGCACUGUAGCCGGCAACGUUGGACUUGACGAUACUCUUAGAUCCUCGGCUGGCUUCUUGCCCGCACUUUAAAUCACAGCAGUCGUGAGCGUGGUCUCUGCAAGCCGCUCCGUGUCUGCUGUAACAGAUUUGAGAGAGUGAACGAAACUUCUAAUCGUCGUCAGGAGGUGUUGCAGUGCACAGCGAGAAGGGGGUUCGUGAACCCAUCUGUGCGGACUGCGGCGUGCUCGCCUCUCCUAUGCGGUUUGGGUGUUCUUCGUGUGCCGUGCUUGGGUUACCCCCUUCUUGAAAGGGAGUUUAAGUGUUCCAGUAUCUGCGGGGAAAUCGUCUGGAGAUCUAGUUGAAGCUUUGUCUUGGUUAGAAUCUGCCUGCUCUUUAUGCUAUACAAAAUAACGGCUAUUGACCAACGUACUAUUACGCUUGGUGUAUUUAGUAAAUGCGUUCGAUCUCAAGUCGAUGAUUCAGUAUGUUUGUUGAACUUAUUUCGCAUCAUGCGUAGCCAUCCGUGCUAAAUUCGGUGACAUAACUCGACGAAAAGCGGAUUAAUUGCGCACAGCAGGAAUUGUUUACCGUGACUGGGAAAGAGAGUUAUCGACGAGGAAAAUAUUGACAUUUACAGACGGUCUUAGAGAUGUGUUGAUUACGCAGGUAGCGAGUUUGUUUACGUGUGACCACCGCUCAACGCAAGUGUGUCAAUGUUUCUUAUGAGAAGCUGAUAAUUAUUAUCUCGUGUUUAUUAUUGCAAAGUCUAGUCGCCUGUCACACGGAUGGCCGUGGCUUCAGAGAGGUGCUGUCAUUGUUAUUGACGUUAGCUGCACACUUCACAGCGCGAAUGUUGACAGCUGGCCGUGUGAGAGCCAGCACUACUCUUAAAGGGCGAGUUAAUGUCCCUUCAAGUGCAGGAUUGUCGGGGUUUUCUUCUUAUUAUAAUAUCUAAAAGUGAAGUUAUUGUGUGGCAUUGAAUCGCGGUCAAGACAAAACGUGCAUGCAUAUUUGAAAAGACUUGGAACACGCACAGCCAGAGAGAGAAAGUCAAUUUAGGACCCGACUGCUUUUGUAACUGCGUGAAAUACCGUGAGGCUGAAAGCGACUUCCACUGGCUAGAGAAGUGAAUUCAUCUGCUGACUCUGCGUGCUCACUCAGCCGAAAAUAUGAACACGUCAAAGGGCGGUCCGGCGACACGGACUAGCCUCUGAAGACUUGACGCGUCGUGACACGCAACCUGAGGUUGAAUAGGAACGCCACAUCGUGAAUUAAGCAUUGGCAAGAGGUGACAAGAUAUUGGUGUGUUGAGACGCAUCGGUCAAUAUCACGAGCACCCAAUGUGUGGGGGGGAGGGGGGGGUUCUUUCAGACACGUUUCAUCUGAAAGGGGAUUUGCGUACCACACACUUUUUUGAAGUCCUUCAAGGCAAGUGACUCCCUGUUGAAGACUUUGAACAUGCUAACUACUUUACAAAGAAGACCCGGGCCUCGUGUAUAUUAAAUCAGUGCGAUUUGACUAUAUAACUGGCGAGUGCGCCUCAAUAUUUCAUUUUUGAGAGACCCAUCGUCGCGGCAUCAUGACGAAGGGGAAGCGAGCGGGUCGCAAGCGCGUCUCCAUCCGUCUCAAGUUCGCCGAGAGCUGCGUGGGCUCGGGCCAGGCUCUCUCUACUGCCAACUGCAUGCCGGCCCGACGGCUCAGCGGCGCCGACUGGUGCCGCCUGUGCCGCCGCACGCUGCUCACGUUGGGCCUCGUGGUGCUCUACUACAGCUUUUCCAUCGGCAUCACCUUCUACAACAAGUGGAUGAUGAAGGGUUUCCACUUCCCGCUGGCCAUGACCAUGGUGCACAUGGCCAUGAACUUCAUGUUUUCGGCACUGGUGCGAGCGAUGAUGCAGUGCGCCGGGGAGCGGGAGCGCGUGGCCCUGCCUUGGCCCGAGUACCUCAAGCGCGUGGGGCCCACGGCCAUUGCGAGCGCCCUGGAUAUUGGCCUGUCUAACUGGAGUUUCCUGUUCAUUACAAUUUCAUUAUACACCAUGACCAAGUCAACGUCGAUCAUCUUCAUCCUCCUCUUCUCCAUCGUGUUCAGGCUGGAGAGGGCUCGGCCGAGCCUCAUCGUGGUGGUGAGCCUCAUUGCGGGCGGCCUCUUCAUGUUCACCUACGAGUCAACCCAGUUCAACCUGGAGGGCUUCCUGCUCGUGCUCACCGCCUCGUUCAUCGGCGGGAUCCGCUGGACGCUCACCCAGAUCCUCACUCAGAAGGCAGAGCUCGGGUUGCACAAUCCCGUGGAUGCUCUGUAUCACCUGCAGCCCCUCAUGCUCGCCGCUCUCUUCCCACUGUUCCUCUACAACGAAGGUGUGAGCUUGGCGUGCACGGAGAAGCUGUUUGGCUUCCAUGACAGCGAGGUGCUGCUGUGGUCGGUGGGCACGCUGGCGCUCGGAGGCGUGCUCGCGUUUGGCCUCAGCUUCUCCGAGUUCCUGCUGGUCUCCCAAACCUCCGGCCUCACUCUCUCCAUUUCCGGCAUUUUCAAGGAGGUGUGCACGCUGGUGCUGGCCACGCACAUCAACGGGGACAUCAUGUCUCCGCUCAACUGGGUGGGCUUCGGAGUGUGCCUGGCAGGCAUCUCGCUGCAUGUGGCACUCAAGGCGCUGCGGCCACCUGAGGUGGAGCCGGCUGUGCGCGAGCGCGAGGAGGCCGUGGAGCUGCUGCUCCGGAACGGCCUCGCCAACGACUCGGACAGCGAUGCCGAGAGCCUCUUUGACAUCCGCGACCGGUAGCGCCCGGAGGCACCACGGGCGCUCACGCCGGGGGGGGGGGGGGGGGCGGACUUGAGGAGCACGAGCCACCAUUCCGCUCGCAGGGGCACGCACUCCGGCGGCUUUGCAGUCGUAAACUUUAGUCUCGCGAUGUAACGUCAGAGGCGACGACGGUGACACGAUUGUGAGGCCCAGGGCCGCGCUUUAAGGGAGGUAGCUGAUCUCAUGCCUGCGUCGGGGUGAAUCAGAAUAUACUGUAUAUAAGAUGUGUUCGUCGGGCAGGAGCGGUCGGAACUCGUUCUCAUUUUUGCCAAAUGUGUUUUGCUUACCCCGGUGACACGCGUUACCCUUUGACUUUCAACAUAAACGAAGGUGUGGGAUGAUGGGCCGAAGAAGGUACUUUUAGCCAGUAGAAGUUCAUAUUAUUCUUACCAAUGCCUGUACAGGCCAAUAACGAAUGAUAAGUAAUGCAACAAUGUUAAGGGUUGCAUGUGAACAGGACAAAACAUGCACUAUGUUGCAGACCUUAAGUGUGUGUGUAUAUAUAGCGGGUUGAAGACAUCACCAGCCUGGAGCUGACAGUGUGACCUUGUACAUUGAUCAGCAACGUAGCAGUCGACCCGAUCGAUGCAGUUGAAUUCCCUCCCCUUGCGCGUGCGUUUGUCCUUAGCUCGUGCCCACAACAGCUCGCCACUUGGGGCACUCAUGUCAACAAGAGGGCAUUGGGUACACUCUAAACUCCCAGCAUCGUUUACAGCCAAUCUUAAUGCCUGGUCGUUGGCAAAAAAAAUUAUAAGUAUUAUUCAGACUAAGAUAAAAUGUGAGACAAUCGACUUUAAUGUCAAGAUGUGUUUAAGCAACGUAGCAUCCAGUCACACCAUCUGGAGCUCACAAACCGCAUCACCAGGACCCCCUCAGAGGCCCCAUCUGGGAUUGGGGGUGGGGGCGUUUGCCAUCGUUGCACUGAGCGGUCCGAGCACUGACUUUGAGACUCGCCGCAACUGAUAAGGUUCAAAUGUGUACUUCUGUGAAUUUUUAUGGAAAAAAAAAACCACAUGCAAUUAUAAGGAAUAUUAGAGUUUGUUUAUCACUGACGUCAUCUUCUCUCGGACAGAAACAGAGCACAGUAUUUGUAAUACACUUACAUGUAUUUCAGAAAAUGUAAACAUGUAUGUGUAGCAACGUUUGCCGCAAUGUGCAUCUUUGAAUAUCGCAGAGAUCGUUUGGGUGACGGGAGAAGCAUCGGUUGGCAGUCGGAGAUGGCAGUGUGGGUGAGCGUCUAUUGGUCUGAGCAUUGCAGUGCCAGAUCCGCCAACCGACCAACCCCUUCAUGUGGCAGUUUGAGGCUGGGGAUUGUGGCUAUUCUAUAUAGCGUGCACAUCUGUCUCAACCACCUCUUGCAGUGCCAGAUCCGCCAACCGACCAACCCCUUCAUGUGGCAGUUUGAGGCUGGGGAUUGUGGCUAUUCUAUAUAGCGUGCACAUCUGUCUCAACCACCUCUUGCAGUGCCAGAUCCGCCAACCGACCAACCCCUUCAUGUGGCAGUUUGAGGCUGGGGAUUGUGGCUAUUCUAUAUAGCGUGCACAUCUGUCUCAACCACCUCUUGCAGUGCCAGAUCCGCCAACCGACCAACCCCUUCAUGUGGCAGUUUGAGGCUGGGGAUUGUGGCUAUUCUAUAUAGCGUGCACAUCUGUCUCAACCACCUCUUGCAGUGCCAGAUCCGCCAACCGACCAACCCCUUCAUGUGGCAGUUUGAGGCUGGGGAUUGUGGCUAUUCUAUAUAGCGUGCACAUCUGUCUCAACCACCUCUUGCAGUGCCAGAUCCGCCAACCGACCAACCCCUUCAUGUGGCAGUUUGAGGCUGGGGAUUGUGGCUAUUCUGUAUAGCGUGCACAUCUGUCUCAACCACCUCUUGCAGUGCCAGAUCCGCCAACCGACCAACCCCUUCAUGUGGCAGUUUGAGGCUGGGGAUUGUGGCUAUUCUAUAUAGCGUGCACAUCUGUCUCAACCACCUCUUGUGGUUAGCAGACAUGAGGCCCCCAUGGGAACAGUGAUGUGAACGGUUGAGUCGUGGUUUUUCUAAAUAAACUUAGACCCAUCGGAAAACUGAACUGUAUUUAUCAAUAGUCAACUGACUCCUUCCACCCCACUGUGCUUUCUUCUAAAUCGGAUCGUUAAGCCACCACCACUCACAUCACUCAGGAACGACUUAUUAUUAGCUUCCAAAGCAACAAAUAUCAGCACUUUUGCAAAUUCCCCGCUGUAUAUGAAAUGCGGCUAACCUCUUUCUACCCAGAAUUCGCGUUAUGCGGUUGGAAUUCACUCGUGCGGUUAUGCGGUCGGGCGUGGGACAGAAUUGUGCGUGUGUACUGUGGGUACUGUGGGUACUGUGCGUGCGACUCGGCAGGCAGCUGCCCUCCUCGUGCGGUUUUCGCUUUGUGUGCCCCCUUUUCUUGGAAUGCAUCUUCUACUAAUACGACUACUACUGCCGCACAGAGCGAGGGGGGGGGGGAGCCGGUAUUGUUUACGGAUCAAUGUACGAAGGUCGAUCCCCCGUGUGUCAACAACCGUGCCCUUCUGCCGUGCUCACGAUUUUCCUGAAGGCGUUCGGUGCGUUUGCGCGUCCCUGAGAUCUGCUGCCCGCUGCUCCGGUGGUCGGUGGCUUCUGAUGCGUCGGUGUUUUGAUGAAGCCAAAGUUUUAAUUGUAAUUUAAUUUCACCGAGAUGUAUAAAUUAGUUUUGUCCCAAUGGCUGCAAUAUAUUGACAAAUCUUUUUUUUGGAAUGUACAUAAUAACAAUUAUAAUAAAAACAUAGUCUAAGUA